AUGCCCGCCGACCUCAGCAAGUGGGCUGGGCCGCUGAGCCUGCAGGAGGUGGACGAGCGGCCCCAGCACCCGCUGCGCGUCUCCUACGCCUCGGGAGUGGAGGUGGACGAGCUGGGCCAAGUGCUGACGCCCACCCAGGUGAAGAACAGACCCAGCAGCAUCUCGUGGGACGGCCUCGACCCGGGCAAACUCUAUACCUUGGUCCUCACAGACCCGGAUGCCCCUAGCAGGAAAGACCCCAAGUACAGGGAGUGGCACCAUUUCCUGGUGGUCAACAUGAAGGGCAACGACAUCAGCAGCGGGAAGGUCCUCUCAGAUUACGUGGGCUCCGGGCCCCCCAGCGGCACCGGCCUUCAUCGCUACGUCUGGCUGGUGUACGAGCAGGACAAGCCACUCAGGUGCGACGAACCCAUCCUCAGCAACCGAUCUGGAGACCACCGCGGCAAGUUCAGAGCGGCGGCCUUCCGCAAGAAGUACCACCUGGGAACCCCGGUGGCCGGCACGUGUUACCAGGCCGAGUGGGAUGACUACGUGCCCAAACUGCACAAACAGCUGUCCGGGAAAUAG